UCCUUACACUUGACUUUACAGACCUUACCAUGGCCGAUAGAUAUAGUUUCUCACUCACAACUUUCUCACCCUCUGGAAAGCUUGUCCAAAUUGAAUAUGCUUUAAAUGCUGUUAGUUCGGGAGUAACCAGCGUUGGAAUUAAAGCUACUAAUGGCAUCGUCAUCGCCACCGAGAAGAAAUCGGCAUCCAGUCUUGUUGAUGAUUCGUCCCUUGAAAAGGUUGCCACGAUCUGUGCCAACAUUGGCAUGAUCUACUCAGGAAUGGGUCCUGAUUUCCGUGUUCUGGUCAGUAAGGCACGUAAGGCAGCACAGCAGUACAAGCGUGUAUACAUGGAAGAACCCCCAGUCCGUAUUCUGGUACAAGAGGUUGCUAGUGUUGUGCAGGAAUACACACAAAGCGGUGGUGUGCGUCCUUUUGGUGUGUCAGUUUUAAUUGCUGGCUACGAUGAAGUCAAUGGUCCUUCUCUUUAUCAAGUGGAUCCCACUGGAUCAUACUGGGCAUGGAAGGCCAGUGCAAUUGGCAAGAACAUGAUUAACGCAAAGACUUUUUUGGAAAAGAGAUAUAACGAGGAAAUGGAAUUGGAAGAUGCUGUUCACACUGCAAUUUUGACGCUUAAAGAAGGAUUUGAGGGGCAAAUGACCGAAAACAGCUUGGAGAUUGGCAUCAUUGGAACCAGUACAGUUGGUUUGUAUGGUGGAGAGAGAAAGGAGAUUCCAUUAUUCAGAAAAUUGUCUCUGAACGAGGUGAAAGACUAUUUGGCGAACAUUGCUUAAAGAAAGAAAGAGAAAGAAAGAAAGAGAAUAUAUAUAUAUCUAUCUAUCUAUAUUAUUCAAAAAAUAAUAAUAAGCCAAAAAGAAGUUCUUUAUGAGGGGAAAUGUUCGAGGCUCUUUCUAUAUGCCUAUGUGUCUCUAUCUAUUCUCCUUAAUGGUCAAGCAGUUCGUUUUAAAAUGGCGUAUGUUACUGGUACAUUGUUUUAUAUAUUCAUUGAUAAAGGAGAUACAAAAAAACACAU